GCAAAAUGGAACUGCAUUUUUUUCGAUUUUGAGAGAAACCUCUCAUAAGCAGUCGUGCACUGAUCGGCGUCCACCGUACGUCUUUUUUGCAAAAGGCUUUAUGCUAUCCUCCCAUCCCCUUCUCACCCACCAACAACGCAGUGAGUGAAAACCCACGAAGAUGACUUCCUCGUCCUCUUCGGGCGUGACAGCCAACGCCCUCCGGAUCGGUCGGACGGGCGCGAGCCGGGUGAUUUUUGGUCACGGGUUGGGCGACAGCCCCCGCGGGUGGGCGGACGUGUGCGGGUUUUGGAGCCGCGAGAUACCGCACAUCCAGUUCGUCCUCCCCGCGGCGCCGAUGCGCGAGGUCACCCUGAACGACGGCAUGCUGAUGCCGGCAUGGUACGACCUGCCGUCGCAAGAAACCCUGGCCAGCUACGACAGCCGGUUGCACAUGGACGCGGUUGGCAUUGAAGAAGCGGUCGCUAUGUACAGCGAGCACGUGCUGGACCCGGCGCAGACCGUGUUUGCGGGGUUUUCGCAGGGCGCGGGUGUCGCCCUGUACACCGGCGUGAGCGCCGCGUUGGUCAGCAAAGCCCGGGGCCGCGCCGGGGUGCCGCUCGGUAUCUUGGCGCUCAGCGGAUACCUUCCCGCAACGAAAUCCCUGCUGGCGCUGGCGGACUCCCUGCGGAAAGACGUCAUUGCCAACAAACCGCUCGGGGGUGGUGCUACUGGUGAGAGUACAACUACUUCCAGCAAGAAGAGCGCAGAUGAUCAAAAUAAAUCCGGGAGCGGUGCUGGAGCAACAAGUACAACUGGAAAAAUGGAAGAGGACCCGUCCGCUGCCCUGACUCCGUUGGAUGUUUUGGAUUGUUCACAUGUUCCGGUGUUGCUGUGCCACGGAACCGAGGACACGAUGGUCUCGUUCGACAACGCGGUGAAGACGAAAAAUUUCCUUUUCGAGGAGUUUUCGAUCCAGGCCGAACUCGCGGAGUUUCCGGGCAUGGGCCACGAAGCCUGCCAGGAAGAGGUGGACCGGGUGACAAAGUGGCUCAGAGACCGCUUCCGCAACUUCGGAAACGUGGAAGACGUGCAACCGUCAACUCUGUGAGGACCAAUUUUCAACAAAGACAGACAGAAAACAGAUCUGGAUCAUCGCUGCAGUGUCUCGACCGGGUUCAUUUGUUUCCUCGGUCAAGCUGUUGCAAUUUUUUUCUGAGUCUCAAUUUGUGUUUCGAUAACGUGUUAAACUUUGUCUUUGAAGGACCCAGCAGAGGAGAAGAAAAGAUCGAGAUCUUUCGCUUAACAAGCGGCAUCCGGUUCUUCUGAAAAAAAGGAUGAGUUUGAAGAUGUG